AUGGAAGAGUUAGCCAAUGAACAACAGCGUUUGCAAGACUCUAAGAAUCGAAUUCGUGAUAUGGCACACAGAGACGAGUACAGAGUAGCAGAUUUAGAAAGAAAAGUUUCAGAAUUAUCAGAUUUAAUUGGAGUAUCUGAGCGCGAAAAAGAACGAGAUCAAAUUACAAUUAGACGCUUGAAGGAAAAGGUAUUGCAGUUAAAUGUUGAGAAUACAUCCUUAACAGAGACAUCCACCAAAGUCAGCCAACAACUGGAGACGAAAGCCUUGAAGCAAACCAACGUAAUCAAGCCUCAUCACAGCGCCAUUACUAGUAUUUUGCCAUCAAUCGGUCUAAUUAUAAACCUUGACAAUCUAUUGGGGAAUUUGCUAUGCGUAGAUGAGGAAGUAGAAGAUCCACAAUUAGCUUAUCAGUUGUGUAAGCGAGAACUAGCUCAGGUUAAGGAAGAUUUUGAGAAAUUUAAGUCUCAAACUCAAUUACAUGCGAAAAGCAGAAGCCAGGAUCUCAAUAUUAAGGAAUAUCGUAGCUUGCAGCGUCAGGUUGUAGAACUAAACAACAAGCUUAUUUCGGAGAGAAGCUGGUUUGAAGGAAAAGAAAAGGAAUAUAAAGAAUCGAUAAAUUAUUUUAAAGUUGAAAUCAAAGAUAUGCAGGGAAAGUUUGAUAAUGAUAUUAACAAGAUAAAAAGCGAAUCAUUGGCGAAACUUGACGAAGCAAGAAAGCAAAUGCAAAGACAACGUGAACGAACUAUUGAAUUGUUAGCGGAUAAGGAAGCAGAGUUCAGCGGCGAGGUCACGGAGGAUGCGGUAAAUAGACUGCUGUCUAUGCCUGCUACCGCUACAGUAUCAAGUCGAGAUGGAAUCUUGUUACAUUAUCAACAAGAACAGGCUAAGGUAGAAAUCGAAUUGACUUCUUUGAGGAAGUCAAAAUUUGAACUAGAGGAGGAAAUGCGAGAUUUAGCAAAAAGAGAACAAACUCACUUAGAUUUAUGUAAAGCCUUAAAGGAGGAAAUUAGAAAACUGGAACGAGAUAAAUCUCGUGAGACGGCCAAUUUAGAAUAUCUUAAAAAUAUCGUCCUUCAUUAUAUGGAGGCCGAUAAUCCUAUAAGCAAACUGCAAAUAGUUAAAGCUAUUGCAACUAUUCUACAAUUCAGUCCUAAAGAGAGCUGGCAGUUAAACAAUCGUUAA